AUGCAAAUCUUUGUGAAAACCUUAACCGGGAAGACUAUCACAUUGGAUGUCAUUGCUACUGAAACGGUUUUGGAUAUUAAGAGCAAAAUAGAGGAACGCGAGGGUAUUGCGCCAGAUCAGCAACGGAUCAUCUUUGCAGGAAAGCAGCUGGAUAAUGGACGGAUUAUAUCUGACUACAAUGUUCAACAUGGAUCCACCAUGCAUCUGGUACUUCGGUUAAAAGGAGGAAUGCAAAUCUUUGUUCGGAUGCUAACAGGCAAAACCAUUGCCAUUGACACUGAACCGGAAGCCACGGUAGAAAGUGUCAAGAAACAGAUCGAUGAGCGCGAGGAGAUCCCUCCUAACCAACAACGAAUGAUCUUUGCUGGCAAACAGCUUGAAGAUGGGCGUCAACUGCAAGAAUACAGCAUCAUCAAGGGAUCUACUAUUCAUUUAGUACUGCGCCUUAAGGGUGGUAUGCAGAUCUUCGUGAAGAUGUUGACUGGCAAGACCAUUGCCGUGGACACAGAGCCCGAGGCCACAGUGGAGAGUGUUAAGAAACAGAUCGAUGAACGUGAAGAGAUUCCGCCAAACCAGCAGCGAAUGAUUUUUGCCGGCAAACAGCUAGAAGACGGACGUCAACUACAAGAUUACAGUAUUAUUAAAGGAUCUACUGUUCAUCUAGUUUUGCGGCUCAAAGGUGGGCAUCGAAUAAUCAACAUGCAAAUCUUCGUCAAAACUCUGACCGGAAAGACGAUCACUCUCGAGGUGGAACCAUCCGAUACGAUCGAGAACGUCAAGGCAAAGAUUCAGGAUAAGGAAGGAAUCCCACCAGAUCAACAGCGUCUUAUCUUCGCCGGAAAGCAACUGGAAGAUGGGCGUACCCUGUCGGAUUACAACAUCCAGAAAGAAUCGACUCUGCAUUUGGUGUUGCGUCUGCGAGGAGGCAUGCAAAUCUUCGUCAAAACUCUGACCGGCAAAACGAUCACUCUCGAGGUGGAGCCAUCCGAUGCGAUCGAGAACGUCAAGGCAAAGAUUCAGGAUAAGGAAGGAAUCCCGCCAGAUCAACAGCGUCUUAUCUUCGCCGGAAAGCAACUGGAAGAUGGUCGCACCUUGUCGGAUUACAACAUCCAGAAAGAAUCGACUCUGCAUUUGGUGUUGCGUCUGCGAGGAGGCAUGCAAAUCUUCGUCAAAACUCUGACCGGCAAAACGAUCACUCUCGAGGUGGAGCCAUCCGAUACGAUCGAGAACGUCAAGGCAAAGAUUCAGGAUAAAGAAGGAAUCCCGCCAGAUCAACAGCGUCUUAUCUUCGCCGGAAAGCAGCUGGAAGAUGGUCGCACCUUGUCGGAUUACAACAUCCAGAAAGAAUCGACUCUGCAUUUGGUGUUGCGUCUGCGAGGAGGCAUGCAAAUCUUCGUCAAAACUCUGACCGGCAAAACGAUCACUCUCGAGGUGGAGCCAUCCGAUACGAUCGAGAACGUCAAGGCAAAGAUUCAGGAUAAAGAAGGAAUCCCGCCAGAUCAACAGCGUCUUAUCUUCGCCGGGAAGCAGCUGGAAGAUGGUCGCACCUUGUCGGAUUACAACAUCCAGAAAGAAUCGACUCUGCAUUUGGUGUUGCGUCUGCGAGGAGGCAUGCAAAUCUUCGUCAAAACUCUGACCGGCAAAACGAUCACUCUCGAGGUGGAGCCAUCCGAUACGAUCGAGAACGUCAAGGCAAAGAUUCAGGAUAAGGAAGGAAUCCCGCCAGAUCAACAGCGUCUUAUCUUCGCCGGAAAGCAGCUGGAAGAUGGUCGCACCUUGUCGGAUUACAACAUCCAGAAAGAAUCGACUCUGCAUUUGGUGUUGCGUCUGCGAGGAGGCAUGCAAAUCUUCGUCAAAACUCUGACCGGCAAAACGAUCACUCUCGAGGUGGAGCCAUCCGAUACGAUCGAGAACGUCAAGGCAAAGAUUCAGGAUAAAGAAGGAAUCCCGCCAGAUCAACAGCGUCUUAUCUUCGCCGGAAAGCAGCUGGAAGAUGGUCGCACCUUGUCGGAUUACAACAUCCAGAAAGAAUCGACUCUGCAUUUGGUGUUGCGUCUGCGAGGAGGCAUGCAAAUCUUCGUCAAAACUCUGACCGGCAAAACGAUCACUCUCGAGGUGGAGCCAUCCGAUACGAUCGAGAACGUCAAGGCAAAGAUUCAGGAUAAAGAAGGAAUCCCGCCAGAUCAACAGCGUCUUAUCUUCGCCGGGAAGCAGCUGGAAGAUGGUCGCACCUUGUCGGAUUACAACAUCCAGAAAGAAUCGACUCUGCAUUUGGUGUUGCGUCUGCGAGGAGGCAUGCAAAUCUUCGUCAAAACUCUGACCGGCAAAACGAUCACUCUCGAGGUGGAGCCAUCCGAUACGAUCGAGAACGUCAAGGCAAAGAUUCAGGAUAAAGAAGGAAUCCCGCCAGAUCAACAGCGUCUUAUCUUCGCCGGAAAGCAGCUGGAAGAUGGUCGCACCUUGUCGGAUUACAACAUCCAGAAAGAAUCGACUCUGCAUUUGGUGUUGCGUCUGCGAGGAGGCAUGCAAAUCUUCGUCAAAACUCUGACCGGCAAAACGAUCACUCUCGAGGUGGAGCCAUCCGAUACGAUCGAGAACGUCAAGGCAAAGAUUCAGGAUAAGGAAGGAAUCCCGCCAGAUCAACAGCGUCUUAUCUUCGCCGGAAAGCAACUGGAAGAUGGUCGCAUCUUGUCGGAUUACAACAUCCAGAAAGAAUCGACUCUGCAUUUGGUGUUGCGUCUGCGAGGAGGCAUGCAAAUCUUCGUCAAAACUCUGACCGGCAAAACGAUCACUCUCGAGGUGGAGCCAUCCGAUACGAUCGAGAACGUCAAGGCAAAGAUUCAGGAUAAGGAAGGAAUCCCGCCAGAUCAACAGCGUCUUAUCUUCGCCGGAAAGCAGCUGGAAGAUGGUCGCACCUUGUCGGAUUACAACAUCCAGAAAGAAUCGACUCUGCAUUUGGUGUUGCGUCUGCGAGGAGGCAUGCAAAUCUUCGUCAAAACUCUGACCGGCAAAACGAUCACUCUCGAGGUGGAGCCAUCCGAUACGAUCGAGAACGUCAAGGCAAAGAUUCAGGAUAAGGAAGGAAUCCCACCAGAUCAACAGCGUCUUAUCUUCGCCGGAAAGCAACUGGAAGAUGGUCGCACCUUGUCGGAUUACAACAUCCAGAAAGAAUCGACUCUGCAUUUGGUGUUGCGUCUGCGAGGAGGCAUGCAAAUCUUCGUCAAAACUCUGACCGGCAAAACGAUCACUCUCGAGGUGGAGCCAUCCGAUACGAUCGAGAACGUCAAGGCAAAGAUUCAGGAUAAGGAAGGAAUCCCGCCAGAUCAACAGCGUCUUAUCUUCGCCGGAAAGCAGCUGGAAGAUGGUCGCACCUUGUCGGAUUACAACAUCCAGAAAGAAUCGACUCUGCAUUUGGUGUUGCGUCUGCGAGGAGGCAUGCAAAUCUUCGUCAAAACUCUGACCGGCAAAACGAUCACUCUCGAGGUGGAGCCAUCCGAUACGAUCGAGAACGUCAAGGCAAAGAUUCAGGAUAAGGAAGGAAUCCCGCCAGAUCAACAGCGUCUUAUCUUCGCCGGAAAGCAGCUGGAAGAUGGUCGCACCUUGUCGGAUUACAACAUCCAGAAAGAAUCGACUCUGCAUUUGGUGUUGCGUCUGCGAGGAGGCAUGCAAAUCUUCGUCAAAACUCUGACCGGCAAAACGAUCACUCUCGAGGUGGAGCCAUCCGAUACGAUCGAGAACGUCAAGGCAAAGAUUCAGGAUAAGGAAGGAAUCCCACCAGAUCAACAGCGUCUUAUCUUCGCCGGAAAGCAACUGGAAGAUGGUCGCACCUUGUCGGAUUACAACAUCCAGAAAGAAUCGACUCUGCAUUUGGUGUUGCGUCUGCGAGGAGGCAUGCAAAUCUUCGUCAAAACUCUGACCGGCAAAACGAUCACUCUCGAGGUGGAGCCAUCCGAUACGAUCGAGAACGUCAAGGCAAAGAUUCAGGAUAAGGAAGGAAUCCCGCCAGAUCAACAGCGUCUUAUCUUCGCCGGAAAGCAGCUGGAAGAUGGUCGCACCUUGUCGGAUUACAACAUCCAGAAAGAAUCGACUCUGCAUUUGGUGUUGCGUCUGCGAGGAGGCAUGCAAAUCUUCGUCAAAACUCUGACCGGCAAAACGAUCACUCUCGAGGUGGAGCCAUCCGAUACGAUCGAGAACGUCAAGGCAAAGAUUCAGGAUAAGGAAGGAAUCCCACCAGAUCAACAGCGUCUUAUCUUCGCCGGAAAGCAACUGGAAGAUGGCCGUACCUUGUCGGAUUACAACAUCCAGAAAGAAUCGACUCUGCAUUUGGUGUUGCGUCUGCGAGGAGGCAUGCAAAUCUUCGUCAAAACUCUGACCGGCAAAACGAUCACUCUCGAGGUAGAGCCAUCCGAUACGAUCGAGAACGUCAAGGCAAAGAUUCAGGAUAAGGAAGGAAUCCCGCCAGAUCAACAGCGUCUUAUCUUCGCUGGAAAGCAGCUGGAAGAUGGUCGCACCUUGUCGGAUUACAACAUCCAGAAAGAAUCGACUCUGCAUUUGGUGUUACGUCUGCGAGGAGGCAUGCAAAUCUUCGUCAAAACUCUGACCGGCAAAACGAUCACUCUCGAGGUGGAGCCAUCCGAUACGAUCGAGAAUGUCAAGGCAAAGAUUCAGGAUAAGGAAGGAAUCCCGCCAGAUCAACAGCGUCUUAUCUUCGCCGGAAAGCAGCUGGAAGAUGGUCGCACCUUGUCGGAUUACAACAUCCAGAAAGAAUCGACUCUGCAUUUGGUGUUGCGUCUGCGAGGAGGCAUGCAAAUCUUCGUCAAAACUCUGACAGGCAAAACGAUCACUCUCGAGGUGGAGCCAUCCGAUACGAUCGAGAAUGUCAAGGCAAAGAUUCAGGAUAAAGAAGGAAUCCCGCCAGAUCAACAGCGUCUUAUCUUCGCCGGAAAGCAGCUGGAAGAUGGUCGCACCUUGUCGGAUUACAACAUCCAGAAAGAAUCGACUCUGCAUUUGGUGUUGCGUCUGCGAGGAGGCAUGCAAAUCUUCGUCAAAACUCUGACCGGCAAAACGAUCACUCUCGAGGUGGAGCCAUCCGAUACGAUCGAGAACGUCAAGGCAAAGAUUCAGGAUAAGGAAGGAAUCCCGCCAGAUCAACAGCGUCUUAUCUUCGCCGGAAAGCAGCUGGAAGAUGGUCGCACCUUGUCGGAUUACAACAUCCAGAAAGAAUCGACUCUGCAUUUGGUGUUGCGUCUGCGAGGAGGCAUGCAAAUCUUCGUCAAAACUCUGACCGGAAAGACGAUCACUCUCGAGGUGGAGCCAUCUGAUACGAUCGAGAACGUCAAGGCAAAGAUUCAGGAUAAGGAAGGAAUCCCACCAGAUCAACAGCGUCUUAUCUUCGCCGGAAAGCAACUGGAAGAUGGUCGCACCUUGUCGGAUUACAACAUCCAGAAAGAAUCGACUCUGCAUUUGGUGUUGCGGCUGCGAGGAGGCAUGCAAAUCUUCGUCAAAACUCUGACCGGCAAAACGAUCACUCUCGAGGUGGAGCCAUCCGAUACGAUCGAGAACGUCAAGGCAAAGAUUCAGGAUAAGGAAGGAAUCCCGCCAGAUCAACAGCGUCUUAUCUUCGCCGGAAAGCAGCUGGAAGAUGGUCGCACCUUAUCGGAUUACAACAUCCAGAAAGAAUCGACUCUGCAUUUGGUGUUGCGUCUGCGAGGAGGCAUGCAAAUCUUCGUCAAAACUCUGACCGGCAAAACGAUCACUCUCGAGGUGGAGCCAUCCGAUACGAUCGAGAACGUCAAGGCAAAGAUUCAGGAUAAGGAAGGAAUCCCGCCAGAUCAACAGCGUCUUAUCUUCGCCGGAAAGCAGCUGGAAGAUGGUCGCACCUUGUCGGAUUACAACAUCCAGAAAGAAUCGACUCUGCAUUUGGUGUUACGUCUGCGAGGAGGCAUGCAAAUCUUCGUCAAAACUCUGACCGGCAAAACGAUCACUCUCGAGGUGGAGCCAUCCGAUACGAUCGAGAAUGUCAAGGCAAAGAUUCAGGAUAAAGAAGGAAUCCCGCCAGAUCAACAGCGUCUUAUCUUCGCCGGAAAGCAGCUGGAAGAUGGUCGCACCUUGUCGGAUUACAACAUCCAGAAAGAAUCGCUCUGCAUUUGGUGUUGCGUUUGCGAGGAGGAAUCAGAAUACACGUGCAUACUGCGCCUGGAGUAGCAUAUACCUUGGAGAUGCAGCCAACCGACAGUGUAAAACGCGUGAAACUUAUAAUCCAGGAUAAAUGCGGUAUCCCGGUCAAUGAGCAAAGUCUUGUAUUCAAUAGAAAGCGUUUGACAAAGAACAUGAGCACUUUGUCGU